AUGGAUCUUACGCAGCCCACUGGGAACACGGUUACCGUUAAUAUCGAUGACGAAUCCUAUCACAUCCACGAGAACUUGUUGAUGAAAGAUAUGGAUUUCUUCGGCACCUUUCAGGCUCACGGUUCAAUUUUCGUGGAUGAAGAACCUGAUGUGGAGCUUAUGGAGGUGGCAGAGGUUAAAUACAUUUUUCGGGAAGCACCAGCUUUGAGGUCUGAAAACGUUUUACAAAUCUUCUGUGUUGCUCAGCUUCACUAUCAAGCCACUCAAGACAAAGAGUAUGCCAGCGUUCGAGACAUACUCUUAGAAGUCCCUGCUGUUCUUGGCUCAUACCUGAGGCUUGAGUGUGACAACUUAUCCGAUAUAGUCGACUACAAUCCUAAGUACCGAGGUCCCCGUGAAGGUCGCUGGUGCACUUUUCAUAUUCACGAUCAAGGAAACGAGAAAGACUGUGCAAUGAAACCCAAUGAUGACGACGACCCAAGUUAG